CUCCGUUCGAGGUGUCGGCGCUCGUGCAGCCAACGGCAAUAACAGCAGACGACCUCGUCAUCGUCUACUAUUCUGUCGUUCCCCGGUUCGUCGUUUUCCGGUCUACGUUCUCUCCUCGCGGAUCGUGCUCGUCGUUUGGCAUACGUUCGCGUGUAUACAGGUUGCGCGUGUGCGCACACACGGUGCAUAUAUUCAGUGCGAAUCUAUCUCGUCGCGUGUGCGGUACGGACGGAAAGAGCAUAUAGCUACCCUAGAAAAAGAAGGAGAGAGAGAGAGUGAGGGAGAGGGAGUGAGGGAGAGAGAGAGAGAGAGAGACACGCACGAAGAGCAGAGCGUCGGAGAAGAGAGAAAGGGAGCGUGAACAUCGAGAAGAAGAAGAAGAAGGAGGGAGAGGGAGAGGGAGAGAGAGAGAGGUAGAUAAGAUUGGAGAACGCGAAACGGAGAAAGAGCGCGAGCGUGAGCGAGAGGGGGUGUACGUUGGAAAGAGCGAGAGAGGGGAGCCGAGGGCGAAGGAGAUAGAGCGCCGGUGGGUUACCACACCCAACCGCGCCGGGGACCGAGUGAACGAGUGAACUGAACGAGCCGUACAAGAGCUCUCUCGCGAGUAGUACGCGGGUUCAGCGGGGGACCCAGGGACAGUCGGGGGACUCUCCAGAACUUGAUCAAAAAGUAACUCGCUCUCGCGAAAUUCGUCUCUCGACCGGAAUCUGCGAUCGCGCCGUGCGCCGAUAGAAGACUGAACGUGUGCCGCGCGUGUCUCCCCCGCUUCCUCGACGUCUCUCGCGAGUGCGUUUCACGUUUGAUCGGCAAACGUGCGUGCGCGAAUCGAAGGAUAAGCGGAAAGGAAGGCCGAGCAGCGGAAGAAGACACAGCAGUAGCACGGGAGGGUCGUACGUCGUGGCCGCCGGGAAAAAGGUUCGCGGCGACGAGGCGGAACGAGAAGAAGAGAGGGCCACAGAGACGAGCUACCGGCCGAGGUUUCGUGCGUGUGCGUACAUGUGUUGAUGUGUCGCUGGCGUCGUCGUCGAGCCCUGCCAGGAGUGCCCCGUCGUCGCCGACUCCGCGUGUGCCGACGUCGUCGUCGUCGUCGUCGUUGUCCUUGUUGAGAUUACGGUGAUAACGGACGACGCGUUCGUCAGAUCUACGUAGCUCACGUCCGCGUCCGCGUCCGCGAGUCUACGUCGCUCGUACUCGUCGUCGACGCCGUCGCCGGACGGGAGGUGGUGGUGAAUCGUGCGUCGGUAGCGGUAGUGGCGGUGCGGACGAUCGGGAAAAGUUUCAUCGGCCCUGCCAGGACAACGAGAGAUUAAAGGAAACGAGAGAGCAGGACAACCACGAGAACGGCGACGGGGCCAUCGUCGCUCGUUCGCGGUGGCAAGGUAACAUCGGCCCGACGACGAUACCGUGCCGUCGAGCCCGCUGCUGUCUACGACGAACCUCGCCGCUCGGCAAUCGCUCGCCACCACCGCGAAUCGUUCGUUCCCUCUCUCCCUUCCUUCCUCCCUCCUCCCUUUCCUCCCUCCUCCUUUUCCUCGUCCUCGUCCUCCGUGUCCUCUUACCUCGUUUUUCUCCUCUCUUCCUCCUCCGUCCGUCGAGGAUUCUGCCGUCCUGAACUAUGGCGUGCUGCCUGUCGGAAGAGGCGAGGGAGCAGAAACGAAUCAAUCAGGAGAUCGAGCGGCAACUCCGUAAGGACAAACGGGAUGCCAGGCGGGAACUUAAGCUGCUACUUUUGGGGACCGGUGAGUCGGGAAAGUCUACGUUCAUCAAACAGAUGAGAAUCAUCCACGGCUCCGGAUACUCGGACGACGACAAGAGGGGGUUCAUUAAACUCGUUUACCAAAACAUUUUCAUGGCCAUGCAGUCCAUGAUCCGAGCGAUGGACCUGCUCAAGAUCCAGUACGCCGAUUCCUCGAAUAUAGAAAAAGCGGAACUCGUGCGGGCCGUGGACUUCGAGACGGUCACGACGUUUGAAAGUCCAUACGUAGAAGCAAUCAAAGAUUUAUGGGCGGACGCCGGUAUACAGGAGUGUUACGACCGUAGGCGAGAAUAUCAGCUCACAGACUCCGCAAAGUAUUACCUAAUGGAGAUAGAUCGAGUCGCAGCACCAAACUACCUCCCCACAGAACAAGACAUUCUUCGCGUGAGAGUGCCCACUACCGGUAUAAUUGAAUAUCCUUUUGACUUGGAAGAAAUCCGAUUUAGUUAUCUUAGUGACCUAGAACGUAUCGAAAAGCCCGACUUCCUUCCCUCCGAACAAGACAUUCUUCGGGCCCGAGCUCCCACUACUGGCAUUAUAGAAUAUCCGUUCGAUCUGGACUCCAUCAUAUUUAGGAUGGUGGAUGUCGGUGGACAGAGAUCGGAAAGAAGAAAGUGGAUCCACUGUUUCGAGAAUGUCACUUCUAUCAUCUUUCUAGUAGCUUUAAGUGAAUACGAUCAAAUUUUGUUCGAGUCGGAGAACGAGAAUCGAAUGGAAGAGAGUAAGGCGUUGUUCAAAACAAUUAUCACAUAUCCUUGGUUUCAACAGUCCUCUGUGAUUCUAUUCUUAAACAAGAAGGAUCUGCUCGAAGAGAAGAUUAUGUACUCCCAUCUCGUCGACUACUUUCCCGAAUACGAUGGCCCACAAAGAGACGCCCAACAUGCUAGAGAAUUCAUUUUACAGAUGUUUGUCGACUUGAAUCCAGACGUCGAGAAGAUUAUAUAUUCGCAUUUUACGUGUGCCACAGACACGGAGAACAUCAGAUUCGUGUUCGCAGCAGUGAAAGACACCAUUCUACAAUCAAACUUAAGGGAAUAUAACCUAGUUUAGACGGCAAUACGUAAAACUGAGGACGGUGGAUUCAAGAACUUUUCUUAUACCCUGACCAAGUAUCAGUGUGAACAUUGUCGAGUCAGAAACGGGAUGAUGGAACGAGAGGGAUGAGAGGAGAGAAGUUGCAAGGAUGAACAAAAUAAUUUGUGGUGUCAUGAAGAUACCGUCGCUGUUCCAUUACAAGUGUACCAAGUAUCGAUUAGUAAAAUUUAUAAGCGGAGGGACGACAGCGAUGAACAAAAAUAUGGACCUAAAAAUCUGAGCGUUA